GCUGGUGAAUCCGGUAAAAGCACAAUAGUCAAACAGAUGAGGAUCUUGCAUGUGAAUGGAUUUAAUGCUGAGGGGAGGGAGGAAGAAGGGAAAGUAGACAGAAGUGAUAGUCCAGGAUCUGAGAAGAAAAUGAAAAUUCAGGAUAUUAAAAACAAUAUUAAAGAAGCUAUAGAGACAAUAGUGACAGCAAUGGGAAAUUUGGCACCUCCAGUUGAACUAGCGAAUCCAGAGAACCAGUUUCGAAUUGACUACAUCUUAAAUUUAGCUAACCAGAUAGACUUUGAUUUCCCACCGGAGUUUUAUGAACAUACAAAAACACUUUGGCAAGACGAAGGUGUGAAAGCCUGCUAUGAGAGAUCUAACGAAUAUCAGCUGAUUGAUUGUGCACAGUAUUUUCUAGACAAGAUUGACAUAGUCAAACAAAAUGAGUAUACGCCGUCUGACCAGGAUCUUCUCAGAUGCAGAGUUUUGACAUCAGGAAUUUUUGAAACCAAGUUUCAAGUGGAUAAAGUAAAUUUUCAUAUGUUUGAUGUUGGAGGGCAACGAGAUGAACGCCGAAAAUGGAUCCAGUGUUUUAAUGAUGUGACUGCUAUCAUAUUUGUGGUGGCGAGCAGUAGCUACAACAUGGUUAUACGAGAGGACAAUCAGACCAAUCGGCUUCAAGAAGCACUAAACCUCUUCAAGAGUAUCUGGAACAACAGGUGGCUACGGACCAUUUCGGUAAUUCUUUUCCUGAAUAAACAAGAUUUGCUAGCAGAGAAAGUUUUGGCAGGGAAAUCUAAAAUUGAAGACUACUUUCCAGAAUUUGCUCGCUACACUACACCAGAUGAUGCAACACCAGAGCCUGGUGAGGAUCCCAGAGUUACAAGGGCCAAGUAUUUUAUUAGAGACGAGUUUCUUAGAAUCAGCACAGCAAGUGGAGAUGGAAGGCACUAUUGCUAUCCUCACUUCACAUGUGCAGUGGAUACAGAGAACAUCCGGAGGGUUUUCAAUGACUGUCGGGACAUUAUUCAGCGCAUGCACCUUCGCCAAUACGAGUUGUUGUGAUGGAGAGCACUUUUUUCUGUGUUUCGGACUCCUUAUUCCUUAUUAAAACAAGAAAAAAAAAACACCCUUGCCCACAUAGGGUGGAAGAGAACUGUUUGAAUCUCCCAUUGAUUUGCACCCCUCAACUUUUUCUCCUUGCUGGACAAUAGCAGCACUUCUAAGCUUGCUUCUUUACCCCUCGGACAGUUUGAGAUGGCCCCUAACACUUAAAAGGCCGUUUCCUUGAGGAUUCCCUAACACUGUUAUUAACAAAAAAAAAGACAAACAAACAAACAAAAAAAAAAGGAAAUAAAAACUAAUUAAUUAAAA